GAAGUAAAAAGAUAUUAAAUAAUUGAAAAAAGGGGAUAAGAGAAAAUGGCAUAAUGCUUGUGAGCAGAGAGAGCGGGGCUAGAACGAGAAUCUUUUCUCGCCGAAGUUUUUCUUGUCUUAUCUCAUCGAAUCUCUCCGUCGCCGUCGAUUUUCCCCGCCGUUUUCAGAGGUCAUGGACGUUUCUACUAGAAAGUCUCAAAAAGCAGGCCGUGAAAAGUUGAGGAGGGAAAAACUGAAUGAGCAUUUUGUUGAGCUGGGAAAUGUACUCGAUCCAGACAGACCCAAGAAUGACAAAGCCACAAUUCUGACUGAUACUGUUCAAUUGUUGAAAGAGCUCACAUCAGAAGUCAACAAACUGAAAUUUGAGUACACCACAUUGACGGAUGAGUCCCGCGAGUUGACACAGGAGAAGAAUGACCUAAGAGAAGAGAAGACGUCCCUGAAGUCGGAUAUAGAGAAUCUCAAUCUUCAAUACCAGCAAAGAUUAAGGUCAAUGUCUACAUGGGGAGCUGCGAUGGAUCACACGGUCAUGAUGGCUCCUCCACCAUCUUUUCCAUACCCAAUGCCUAUGGCUAUGCCUCCCGGUUCAAUCCCAAUGCAUCCAUCAAUGCCAUCUUACACAUACUUUGGUAACCAGAACCCUAGCAUGAUCCCAGCUCCAUGUCCUACAUACAUGCCGUAUAUGCCUCCUAACACAGUCGUUGAACAACAAUCCGUACAUAUACCACAGAAUCCGAGUAACCGUUCUCGGGAACCUAGAACAAAGGUUUCAAGAGAGAGCAGAUCCGAGAAAGCAGAGGACUCUAACGACGUUGCAACACAGCUCGAGUUAAAAACCCCUGGAUCUACUUCUGAUAAGGAUACAUUGCAAAGGCCAGAGAAGACGAAGAGAUCAAAGAGAAACAGCAACAAUUCCAUAGAAGAAAGCUCUCAUUCUAGCAAAUGUUCAUCUUCUCCGAGCGUCAGAGACAACAGUUCUUCCAGUAGCGUAGCUGGUGGCCAAAAACCUGAUGAUGCGAAAUGACCAGAAGUAAUCGCAAACAGCAGCGUUUCGAUGAGUAUAUGAUGCGAGUUCACAACGCAGUCGCUGUUCAAAUUGGCGUUCUGAUGCAAAGUUCCUUCUUACUCAUUAGUCAUUCCUUUGGUGAUUUAUCCUCAAUAGGUCUGGUUAGUGCCAAAAACACAGCUGAUUUGUACUCCAAUGUCCAAAAUUCACUAAUUUUAAUAAUUAUAUAAAUUACAUAAUCUUGUGUUAUCAAAUGUCAGAAAUGAAAUUACUUUUUGAUUA